AUGCAAAACGACCAGCAGAGGCUCUCUCUACACAACAGGGCGGUCUUCACACAUCCAUACAAGAGGCUUGGAGGAGCGUUUCCGGUGAAAUCACCGUCUGUGCCCAAUUUCCACGACAGAGUCCAUCCUGGACACAGCUCCAGUGAUCCGGCACUCGUUAAUGAUGACUCUAUACUAAGUGAUCACCCCACUGUUGAACGGAGCUGUUUAGGUCAAGUUUCCCCCUCUGAACACGAUGGGAACUUGAGCGUUAUUGAUUUGUAUGGAGAUGAAGUAGAGUCUCAGCGUGUCGACGACGACGACGACGAUGACGAAGAUGAUGACGAUGAUGAUGAUCAGGAUGCCACACACAGCGAUGACCUAGAUCUGCUCCCUGGAGAAGGCGGCCAGCACAUCGAAUUGGACGAUGUUACUGCUGGCACUAGCAAAAGUGCUAGCGCGGAUGGUGUAAACAAGACACAUUUUGACCGGUACGGAUUCAAGAAGCAAAAUAACUACAUAUCAGAAUCCGAGUAUGAUAGGUGGUGGGGAGACUACUCUCAAUACUGUGUCCGUCGUAAACACAAAUGGCAGUUGCUGUUAGAGAAAAGUGGUUUACCAGUUACUGACGAUUCACCCGCACGAUUCCCAUCCAAGAGCGAACGAUUGAAAAGGUAUGUUAGAAAGGGUAUUCCAGCGGAAUGGAGAGGAAAUGCAUGGUGGCAUUUUGCCAGAGGACAGGAAAAACUAAACAAGAACAAAGGUAUUUACUCACAACUUCUGCAAAAAAUGAAACAGAUUAAGAAACAGAACCCCAAUGAAAAGCAAGUGCAAGACUUGGACAUUAUUGAACGUGAUUUGAAUAGAACUUUUCCAGACAAUGUACAUUUCCAAAGCGCCUCCUACAACAAAGAAGAGCCGCCGAUUAUCAAAUCCCUGCGUCGAGUGCUUGUCGCAUUCUCGCUGUAUAAUCCGAAAAUUGGUUAUUGUCAGUCUAUGAAUUUUCUUGCUGGUUUGCUUUUAUUAUUUUUAGAUGAAGAAAGAGCCUUUUGGAUGCUAGUGAUUAUCACAUCAAGAUAUUUACCUGGAGUGCACAACAUCAACCUGGAAGGUGUUAAUAUUGACCAAGGCGUAUUAAUGUUAUGUGUUAAAGAAUAUAUUCCUGAGGUUUGGUCGUACAUUAAACCUUCCAUUGAUCAUCACCAGCAAAAUAACAAAACCUUCUCUCCGUCCAACAACAAAGUUCUAUUCAAUAUGCAAAAGAAUGAAUUUUUGUACAGACUACCGCCAAUUACUCUGUGUACAGCGAGCUGGUUCAUGAGCUGCUUUGUUGGAAUUGUGCCGAUAGAGACGACGCUAAGAAUAUGGGAUUGUUUAUUCUACGAGGAAUCGCAUUUUUUGUUCAAGACCUCGCUGGCUGUGUUAAAGUUGAGUGAGCACGAACUUUCCAAGACAAAGCCUCGUAGCAAUUCGCUUAACCAUUCUUGGACUUCUAACACGAACCAGAGAAACGGAUCAAUGGGUCAAGAAGAUAGUGAUAUGGAAAUUUUUCAGGUGAUACAGACAUUCCCCAAGACACUAUUGAACCCUAACGAGAUAUUUGAGAAGAUUAUUUUCAAAAGAAGGUUCAAUUUGAAUAGGCUAGAUCAGGAUGAAAUCGACAGAUGUCGAAAAUUCGUUGCGGCACAACGUCUCAAGUUUAAGACAUAUGGUGAGCUUCUUGGAAGCGCAACAUCAGAAGCAGAAUUGACCAGUGCCAAUGUCAACACAGAUGCCAAAGGUACCCACAUCACAAGUGAUGCAGUUAAUGAAGCAUUAUCUUCAGAAGUGUAUGGAUUCAAAAAGAGCCUAGCUGGAGUUCAUUGGAAUAACAGCAUUAAGGAAAAAGUUAAGCAAAUGAGAAAGAAAAAGGACAGGAAUGACUGA